CGAGUAAACGACUGGCCUAGCUGCAAAAAUACCAACAGCGUGGCCGUUUUCUUCCGAGUAGUGAUCCUUUCGUCCAUUUAUACACACACAAAAAAAGGAAAGAUUAUUGUCCAUUGUGUCGAAUAAGUAAAGUUUCACCAAAAUCUGUUGAUUCACUCACUGAGAGUCUCGUUUAACUCGAGAUUUCCUACUCACUUUUCCUACCCACUGAGAGAGCCAUCCCCUAUUAUAUGAGAGAUGUGUGAAUGCUAUUCACGGCGGGUAAAGCAUAGGGUAAUAGUUACUAGCUUUGGCAUUCUACAAACUACAAAGGCAUUUGGUGGUUCUUUCUUGGGGAAGAAGUCAGGUUUUGGGUACCGGAAUCCCGCCAGUCAGAUGUAAAACUCGAACACAGGUUGAUACACAGACUCUGUGCUAUAGCUAUAUAUGUUUCACCUGCCAACUAUGUCUGGGGAUCAUGGCGACUCUACUUGAAGACCAUCGUCGGAGGAAGAACCGACAGCGGAAUGAGAAGAGAAGAAAGCUUCUUGUUGGGAAGAAAGUUGAGGUAAGGAGUGUGGAAGAGGGGUUCGCAGGGUCGUGGCACCCGGGAGAAGUCAUAGGCUGUGGCGACCAUAUCCGUUGUGUAGAGUACGAUAAUCUUGAACGUGGUGAUGGCUCUGCAAAACUCAUUGAUUCGGUCGCCGUCACUCCGGCCAUUGAAGGUGUCACUCCCACAAGACGGACCCUCGAUAACUACCGGGGCCGCAUUAGGCCGGUCCCCCCUCCUUCUCGUGUUGACAAAUGGGAAAUCAACUAUGGACUGUGUGUAGACGCUAUUCACAACGGUGCAUGGUGGGAAGGUGUGGUAUUUGAUCACGAUGCUGGCUCCCUGAAAAGACAAAUCUUUUUUCCCGAUUUGGGUGACGAAAUGAAACUGGGUAUUCGUGAAAUGAGGAUUACCCAAGACUGGGAUGAGGUCACGGAAGAGUGGAAGCCUCGUGGGUCGUGGCUGUUUCUUGAAGUAAUUGAGAAAUACAAACUGGAUUGGUUUCAGUUUGUUUCGGUGAAGGAGAUUUGGUUCUUUGUGAGGACCGAAGAGGAAUUUGUGAAGAAAAUAAAGGAGUGGACUGUUAGGUCGAACCUGUGGGACAAUUUGGUGAGGGAGGCUUUGAGUGUACACUCAGUUGUAAGUGCAAACAAAUUUGUUGAUUAUAUAAACUCCAAAUAUGGGGAGGAUUUGGCUGACACGCCGAGUAAAAAGAGGAAAAUCAUUGAGCCUGGGUUUUCAUUUACUGAGGUUGUUACUGAUGGAUUGGUACCUAAAUCAGCUGAAGAGGUUAUGUUGAAGCCCGAAGGAGAUUUGGCUAAGUUGCGGAGUAAACUAAAGAAAAUUAAUUCUUUGGAACUUUCUGCAAGUAAGGUUGGUUUGGACAGUCAAUUAGAGGACUAUGGACAGCAGAUUAUAUUGAAAAAUGGAGAAAACCAAACUAUUUCAGAUCUACCAUCCAUUUCAGCCCCUUGUGUUGUUGUACCUGCUGAGAGUAUUAGUUCAUUAUUCAGUAACCAUCAGAUGGAAAGUGAUGCUUUAUUGAAUCCCUUCAUUAUUGGCAAAAAUACCUCUCAUGAUCAGGAGCAUGUUACUGGGAAGAAUAUCUUGGAGCAUAGUGUUGAUAUUAUUGGCAAAACUGUUCAAGAUAGUGGCAGGGCUACUGCAAUGCUCCCUACAGGUUCACACUAUUAUACAAAUGAACCAGUUAAGGAACUUUCUGUGAAUAAAGAGAGUUUCAUUUCUCAAACCGAGGACAAUUUAUUGGGUGUAGAACUAUUGAGGAAUACAAGUUUGUCUGGCCAAGGUGAAGAUGUAAUUAUGCAGCCACAUGCUUUAUUGGUCUUACCUUCUGAUCCAGAGUUAUCUGCUUGUGCCAGUGAUAGUGCUAAUGAAGAAGGCUUCAAACUUCCAUUGAGCGGAGAAUAUGAAACUUCAGUAAUUGCUCAAGAUCAUGCAAAUGGCCACUGUGGAAGAAAUGAUCCAAAAGGCAGUGAGUACACUAGUAAUCUUUCAAUUCUUGAUGCAAGCAGAGAUUCCUUCUUCUGGUUUACUGCCAAUGGUAAAGGGGAAACCAAAUAUACAUUAAGCAGGGAAGGUGAGGCUCAAGGAGGGGGUGCUCAAGAUGUUAUAUAUGAUCAUGAAAGUAUGAAUUUAAAAUGUGCUGAUUCAAAUGAUACAUCUGUCCAUAUGGCAUCUAGAGGCAAUCAUAUAUGGCUACCUGCAGCCCCUGAUAUGAUUCCAGGAGCUGAUUACUUCCCUGAUGCAAUUGCAGAAUAUAUACAUAACCUGCAGAAUAGGAGGAAGUGUCCUGGUGUAGUAGGAGAAGCUAGGAGGCACCUCCUAUAUUUAGGCUGGAAAGUUGAGUAUAGGCAAGAUAAAAAAGGUAAAAGAAUUAUCAGGUUCCUGUAUACCUCUCCCAAAGGGAGGCCCUAUCCUUCUCUUCUUCAGGCCUGCCAAGCUUUGACGAAAUAUGAAAAAGAUGUUCGGACUGAGAACCCCCAAAAUCACCAGCCAUCUUUGGCUCAUACACCUGGUGAACUGUUAAGUUCAAGUUAUCAACUAGUCUCUCUGCCAUGUAGAGCUGGUGACUGUCCUCUGCCUGAAGAAACUUUGAUGUUAGACAAGGGGGUGGAAACUAAAGGCCCAUAUAUUGUAUUUGUUGAACCAAAAUAUUACCCUCAAGCAGUAAUAGAUUGGUGUCUGAUUGGAUUGACAGGGCAAAAAGAAGAAUACAAGAAGAAUGGAGCCUACAAGAGUUCAGAUAUAAGACUAAAAGCAAGGGGACAUCUUUCAGCUGUUGGGUGGAAAUUCUGGCAUGUCACUAGGACUGGGAGUGGAAGGCGUGAAAUGCGCUAUUGCUCACCAAAAGGGAAGAAUUAUUUUUCUCUUCGAACAGCAUGUUGGGGAUGUAUUGAAGAAGGAGGAUGUCCUGGAGGUACUAUACCUGAGAUGUUAAAGGAGAGGAUGACUGCAAUUAAGGAUUCCAAGUGCUUGCUAACUAUUGAAAAAUGUGAAUCACCAAUACUAUAUAAAGAGGUUGAUGUAAGUAUGCUGCUGCCAAAUAAUCGAUUUGAAAAGGAUUCUACAGAGUCUUCUGGUUCAUCACAAUCCAAGGAUCCGGUUGAGUACAGAAAAUCAAGUGCCCGAGGAAUAAGAAAACACAGCAAGAGGAGAGAGAAUAAUCUCUUUUAUCCUGCACCUGGAUUUCCUUUUAAGUCAAGAUACCAAUCAGAUUAUGGCGUCAAUUCUCGGAAACUGAAGAAAGGGAAGACAUCUACUGCUCUCACCAAACAAGGAGACAACUUGGAAAACAGCUACCCAGUUUAUGUGCUGCGUUCAAGCAAGAGAGCAAGGCAAGUUGUGAAAUCAAGCCCUGUACACCACACUCCUCGAACAAUUCUAUCUUGGCUGAUAGACAACAAUGUGGUAUUGCCAAGGGAAAAGGUACAUUACAUUGGCAGGAAGAACCGCCAUCCAAUGGCAGAAGGGCGUAUUACACGUGAUGGGAUCAAGUGCAAUUGUUGCCAAAAAGUGUUCACUAUCAGUGGCUUUGAGGUUCAUGCAGGCAGCACUAAACACCGACCUUCUGCCAAUAUUUUUCUGGAAGAUGGAAGAUCUCUAUUAGAGUGCCAGAUGCAAAUGAUAGAGGAUGAUAAGCAUAAGAGUUUCAUAGCAGAAUCAUAUGGGAGAAUCAAGAGAAACUUACCUGGCUAUAAGAGUGACCACAUAUGUUCAGUCUGCCACUAUGGGGGCACACUAUUAUUAUGUGAUCAAUGUCCAUCAUCAUUCCAUUUAAACUGCCUUGGUUUGAAGGAUGUUCCCAAUGGAAAAUGGUUUUGCCCAUCCUGCCAAUGCGGGAUAUGUGGCAACAGUGAAUUCAAUGGAAAUAUUGAACAGUUCACAGAGAAAACUAUUCUUUAUUGUGAUCAAUGUGAGCGUGAAUAUCAUGUGGGAUGUUUGAAGAGAAAAGGACAUGCAAAGCUGGAAAGUUGUCCAAAAGGAAAUUGGUUUUGCAGUAAAAAUUGUGAAAAGAUAUUUAUGGAACUUAGAAAACUUAUUGGAAAAUCAAUUCCAGUUGGUGUGGAUAACUUAUCUUGGACUCUUUUGAAAUCCAUUGAAGAUGAUAGUUCUCUUGAGGCCAUGACAGAGCAUAAUAGCAAACUCAAUGUUGCAAUUAGUGUAAUGCAUGAGUGCUUUGAGCCUAUAAAAGAACCUCGAACCAAGAGGGAUCUUGUUGAAGAUGUUAUUUUCAGUAAAUGGUCAGAGCUGAACCGGCUGAACUUUCGGGGGUUCUACACAGUGCUUUUGGAGAGGGAGGAAGAAGUGAUCUCUGUGGCUACUGUUAGGGUCUUUGGAGGAAGGGUUGCAGAAGUACCCCUUGUUGGUACCAGAGUCCAAUAUCGCCGGCUUGGGAUGUGCCGUCUUCUGAUGAAUGAACUUGAGAAGGUUUAUUAAGAAGCCAACAAUUCGAUACGUUAUGUGGCGUAUUGUGCCAAGACUUUGAAUCAUGCUAGAUUGGAUAAAGAUCCAAGUAUAACUCAACUUAAUUCAGCAUUAAUCCCAACCUUUUGAUAAAGAUCCAGGUACGGUUUGAAAAUGAUCUGAUCUUAUUAGGAUCUGAAAUGGAUCUUCAUGGCAACUGGAUAUGACAGAUAUAUGAUUCUAUUCCAUCCUUGAAAGCAGGAAAGCUGUAGGACUUUCUGACUGCUGGUUGGUUCAAACUGUGUAGCUGGUAACAUGUUUUGAACCAAAGGGUGAUAAUCUAUUCCAUAACAUUGCCAGCCCAGAGGCAGAUAUUAUUACUGUUCUUAUAUUCAUUUAUGGUUAUGGUCCCUCACCCUUUAUUUUCUAAAUUUACAUUAAGAUGGUAGUAGAUUUUGUAUGCUUGCUCAUAUAUGUCAUGUGCUUCAUUUUUUUAUCAAUAUAAUGUGCUCCAGUUUUAGAAGAAGUGCUCAAAGCUGGGGUAGGAGGGAAUAUGCCUUUGUCCCCUUUGUGCCCUUUUUACAUUAUACUAUAUACAACAAAGGUAGGACGGAUUCAAUAUCUACCAACUAAUAUAUCUCCUUGGACAAAAUCAGAGAUUGGCUAUCCCAACCAUAAGAACGUAAGGUUCUUUUGUCGUUUCAUGAGAAAAUAGAUGCUGGAUGUUUUGGCUUAUACCUAUUUGUGGGGCAAACUAACCAAUGGGUUAAGAUAAUCCAAAUGGGUAGAUAUACUACAAAAAUGAUAUCUAAUAUCUCCCAUUCUCACAUGAGCAGAUAAGGGGAUAAGCUUGUAAGUGUUCAUUCAAUGCUCAUAAUGUUCUUCCUUUUAUUUCUUUAGAUACUUACAGAGUUAGGGGUGGAGAGGCUGUUUUUACCUGCUAUUCCUCAAGUGCUUCAUACAUGGACCACUUCAUUUGGGUUCUCCAGGGUGA